AUGUGGGCCUGUGCGGAGAAAGUAUUAGCAAAACAUACAAGUUCUGUACAGUGUAGUGUAGAACCGUUUGAGACCUUUUUUUCUUUGUUUGUCUGUGUGCCGCCGUACGUGGAGCUCAAAUGGCCACUUUCUCUCCGAUGCAAAAGGAACCACAGGCCCACAUGGUCUGAGAUAUCUCUCUCUCUGGUGGAGUUCAUGCGUAUAAAUGCUUUGGCGAUGAGAACGCUUAUAAAUGAUGUUGAGCUGCUUAUACUUGCAUCCACAGCCCUGUGCAGUGAUUCUCAAAAUACAUUUGAUGGAACAGCGAGCACUUCCUGUGGGGAUGAUUUCACCGCAACAAAGUGAUUGAUAUGGAGAGAGACAUGAUAGCUGGAGAAAAUGUAGAAACUGUUACUGCUGCUACCUCCAAUGGGUCUGAAUCAGUUAUUCCUUUGGUUCCAAGAAUCAAACGCGAGCCUGUUGAUGACUUUCCUCCUGCGCGUUUAACUCCUACUAAAUGAGUGGAAGUUAAUCAUGGUUGCUUCCUGUGAAUUUCACUUCUUAAUUUCAAUCAAGAUCAAUGAAAAUGUUAGCUUAGUUAAGAUUUUUGUUCCUGACAAUUAGGUGGAAAAUUAUUGUUAGUAUUUCUUGUUGUUACUAACUUUUAUCUGAUGAAUCAAUACUUCUUGACUCCUUUAGUAGAUGAGAUCAGCAAGAAGGUUUAGUUUGUGAAUUUGUUGGUUGGCUAUGUAUGAUUGUGUAACUAGUUUCAUGGCAUAUGUUAAAAGGUAUGUAUAAAGUAUCUAAUCCAGGAACUGAUAAUAAAAUA